UUAUAAUAGAAAAAUAAGAGAAGAUAGGAAUUAUGAAUAUUGGGCCAUAGAUCCAGAAGUAGGAACAACGUGGCCCAUCUACUACACAGGAAAUCAAUCCGUUGAGCAGCCUAAAGUGAAACUUUUAAUUUAAUUACAUAAAUACCAUACCUAGUUCGCGCGAGGGAAAUUGGCGCCAAAUGCUGACGUAGCAGCCUGCCACGUCAGCAUACCCGCCAAAAAAAAACCCUUCUUCCUGCAGCAGUCUUCACUCCUCAACGCCGCUACAUAUAGCUCAUCGGCUCCUCAACGACACCUUCACUGUGUGUUUGUGUGAGCUAGCAGCAAUGGACGCCGACGGUAAAUCUUCCCCUCUAUCCUCAUUCAAGUCGAAGAAACAGCUACAUUCACCUGCGCCGUCGGACCAGAAAAUGCGGAAAUUUUCCGAUCUGGAAUCGGAUCCGUUGAGCGUGAAAACCCCGGGGAAGCUCGUGGAUCCUCCUCGGCGUUCCCACCGCCGCACGGCGGUCCUCUCUAUUAAGGAAAUCAGAGAGGCGGCAAUGAAGCUCCGGGAACGGGGACCCGACCCGCCGGCGCGUGAAGACCCGGAAUUGGGAUCCGAGAAAGAGCACAUUUCCAAACCGAAGAAGUCUGUUCGCGCUGAGAUAACGCUUCCGGAAAAGUAUGAGCUUCUGGAUAAAUUCUUCAACAGCUUGGAUUGUUCAAUUAGGCUGCUCCAAUUGAAGAGAUACACCCCAACAUUUACUGAUAUUAGCUCCCAGAUUCAAUGUUUAACCGAUAGGAGGUUUACUCAUAAACAUUUAGCUCAGCUGAAGUUCAUUGUGCCUGAGGCCAUUGUAUUAGAGAAAGUCCUUCGGCUCGACGAGCAAACUAGUUGUAUGAAGCCAGACCUUCGUAUAACAUUGAAUCUUGAAGCACUUAAUUCCCCAAGCAAGUCGAAAUCUCAGAGUUCAAAUUUGCAGCUGAGGAAAGUCUUCCGUUGUCGACUUUUGGAAUUUCUCAAAUCCCAUCCAGAGUGUGAUGAAGUCCCAGAAGAAGAGCUACCAGAACCAUUUAAUCGAUUGAAGGACAAUGCAAGAGCAAAUUCCACUCAACCUUCUAGUUCAUCUUUAAUGAGUGGAACACCGAAUGUGGCAUUGUCACGACAGCCAAUCGCAGGAUCACAUCUGUCUCAAUCAUUCAAAAGGCACUUCUCGCAAAAGGGUUCAGAUCAGUACAAUGUUUCCGCCCAUGAUUCUUCAGUUUCUUCGGAAUAUAAAUUUGCUGAAAGUUCCUCUGGGAAAGAAGAUAGUGAAAUUGAUGCCGAAAAGUUCUCUUCAUCCAAGAUUUCUCCAAGUACUAUACCUUCGUCUCCUUUGCCCGAAACUCCAGUCAAGAACGACAACCAAUGCUCUGUUGAAACGGCCGGUUUACUGAAAACGCCAGUGCACAUGGCAUCUACUCCAGCAAAACUGAUGAGUGCCACACCGAUGAUUCAGCCACCUAAGAGAUGUUACAUGAGCCCAGAUGAUAAUAGUUCAUAUAAAUCGCCGACCAAGUUAAUUAGACGACCACCCCCUAACAGGCCUUUGAAAUUCGACACUCCCGUGAAGGACCAGCGCAGGAAUUCAUCAGCUAAUGAUGACAUCCUAGACAUUCUUCCGGAAGGUCUUCUACAAUCGAUACGAGAGAAAGAGAGGUUAGCUGCAAUCGAGCGGGACCCAGCAAUCUCUCAAGCGAAAUGGCGGAAACAAAUGAUCGCCGGCUUGCCUAAGGUGUUUGACAUGAUAUACUUCUUGUUUCAAUCGAUCAGACGCUCUGUACUAACUAAAGAGGAGCUGAUGCAGAAACUAACUUGCCAUUUGGACAUUGUUGACAAAAGGGAUGUCGAAGAACAACUUCGAUUGCUAAGGGAACUUGCUCCUGAAUGGAUUUACGAAAAGUUAGCAUUGAGCGGAGAUAUCCUCUUAUGUGUUAACAAAAUCUCGAGUCCUGACGCAAUACGAACGAGACUAUCGGGUGCAAUGUGAGGAGAAAGCAAAGAGACCGAGCACGCUUAGAUUACAAAAUUACAGAAGCAAAUUUGUUAAUAUACUGGUUUUUGCUUCAAUGCCACUAAGGUUGUCCUUGUGCAUAUUUUUGUGAGCUAACUUAUCUUCGACACAAAACAAUGUAGUUGUUCAAUCACCAGACUCUAUGUAAUGAAAUUGAAAACAUGUAUGCUGAAAUUAUUGUUUAUAUUAUUUCAAUUGCUCUG